UUUUCAUUGUAACAUCGGUCAGUUCCUUUCUUAGUUCCGGGGCGUCCGGUAAUAAUUCCUGUACGUAAACAGUUCUCUUGAAGAGUGUCUGUGUGCGAUUAUUUUCCGUUGUUUACGGUAAUUUAUUCGUCGGCGGUCUUGCGCAGCUGUGUUUUCUUCUGAGCCCACAGCACAGGAAGACUCAAACGACUUAUCUGUCAGUUUAGGAUAUUUUUUUAUUUAUAACGAGGGCCUAGAUAUCUCCCUAAGCAUGUCUAAUUUUGUGACGUUUCAGACACAGUUAGUGUCCAUCAUGGAGAUAUUAGCGAAAGCAGCGGUGACUGAGAUUAACCGACGUGUUGACGACAGCUGCGCUGUUUUCCGUUUGGAAAUAUCCCAGAGUCAGAGGGAGAUUGAAACGCUGAAGCACAAACUACAGGUGCUGGAGCGCGAGUUUAUGAAGACGCGAAGGAAGAAAUCAGUUUGUUCCCCUACUCUGGUGGAACAUUUCCCACCAGCAGAGAGUGUCUUUGGGCAAGAAUGGAGCUUCAGACCAAGGAGAGGGGAAGAUCCCACAGCUGUGGAAGAGGUGGAUAAACCUUUACAGCCCAGUCUCACAAGGAACCAGCUCAGACUUGAGCCAGAUCUUUUCAAGAAGGAGAAACUAGAAGAGGACUUGUGUUACAGUGUCCCACAGCCCACACCUGCAGGCGAGGAACAGGAUGCAGAGCUCUCCCCUGUAGAAGACGAAUUGGACACGGGGCCCACUCCUGUAGGAGACCUAGAGGAGCUGAGUGAACAGCAAAGGUGUGGACACGGUGAUGAGGAGCUCAGUGGACUGGAGUUUGUGGUGAAGGCAGAGCAAGAGGAAGAGUAUGUAGCCCAGAGACUCAGUCUAUCCUCUUAUGGGCCUUCAUAUGUUGAGGGGUUCGAUAAGAUGGGCGAGAAGCCGUCUGCUUGCAGUGAGGAGCUCAGAUCAGAGGCCAUUCACACACAGCAGGGUCAAUACAGAGAGAGACUUGUGCACACAGUGGAGAGAGAGAAUCGGACAUUACUGCCCCAGCAGCAGCAACAUGGACCCUCAGUAAAACACAUGAGAGGCAGUGAGAGCCCAGCCCAGCCACACUCAGGCUCUCAGUAUGAGACCAGCUCUACUCUGAGCGCCUGUGCUUUCAACACUGGGAUAACGGGAAAGACUGUAAGGAGGUCUGGCACAAAGGAGAAACUGUUCAGUUGUACACAUUGUGGAAAGAGUUUUGUACACUAUAGUCAUCUUGAAGUCCACCAGAGAAGUCACACGGGGGAGAAACCCUUCAGCUGUACUCACUGUGGGAAGCGAUUCAGUCAGAGGUCUAAUCUCAUCACACAUCAGCGACUUCACACUGGGGAGAAACCGUUCCGUUGCGCACAUUGCGUGAUGUGUUUUGCGCAACAGUCUAGUCUCAUAACGCACCAGCGAAUACAUACAGGGGAAAAACCAUUUAUUUGCGGCCAGUGUGGGAAGAGUUUUGCUCAGUCAAGUAGCCUUAGAACACACCAAAGAGUUCAUAGUAGAAAUUGACUGGUAGGGGAGAAUGAUGUUUCUAUAAAAAUAAACAGGCUGCACAUACCAGUCCAAAAUUAUUUGGACAGCAAUUUUUGUUGUUUUGUUUCUGCAUUUAUUUGAUGGAAUAUCGGGUGAACGUUGUGUCCAGAAAUUGUAAAGUGGACACUUGGCUUCUUCAGCUGUUUCUUGGCCAGCGGUGCUGUCGUUGCAUCAAAAUGUCAAACAGAUCGAGAACUGUCAAGAAUGGCCAAACAAUGUGAAGAGAGAAAGGAGCUACUCACGGUCCAAAGCACCCGCCAUCAUCUCUGAAACACGGUGGUAGUGUUUCGGUGUUACAGCUUGGGCAUGUGUGACUAACACGGGACAUGGCUCACUUUUCUUAAUUGAUGAUGUGACUGAUGACCCCAGCAGCAGGAUGAAUUCUAAGAUGUACAGAAACCUCUGCUCCGUACCAGCCGAAUUGCUCAAAACUCAUUGAACGGUGCUCCGCCUUGUAGCAGGACAAUGACCGCAAAAACACUACUCAUGCAAACAAGGAGAGUGGAUUGUGUCUGACUGGCCAAGUCAGUCACCUGACCUGAAUCCAAUUGAGCGUACGUUUCACUUGCUGAAGACUUGGCCGACAGCAAAAAGGCCUCCAAAACAAACAGGAGCUGAAGAAUGCUAUAGCACAGGCCAGGAAAAAGGUCAUCAAAUGCAAAUGAUUUGCAACCAAGUACUGAAUAUGACCUCAUUAUGUAUGAUCAUGUUAAUUUGUCCAAUUACUUUUGGUCCUCUGGAAAUUGGGGAACUAUGUAUAAAAAUGGUGGCAAUUGGCCUAUACUCUUCACCUAAUAUGGAUGUAAACAUCCUCUAAUUAAAGAUCACUAGUCUUUAACCUCAUAUUCAUUGUUUAAUUUCAAAUCCAAUGUGCUGGAGUACAGACCCAAAGUUUCAAUACAAAGUUUGUUGCUGUCCAAAUACUUAUACUGCACUCUAUAUGUGUUCCUGCUAGAGCAAAGUUAAUGUAGAAAAUGUUCAGUAUUCACAGCGAUGUUUCUUUGGUAAAAUGUCCAAAACCUCCUUUGUGAGUUUAUAUCAGUCACAAGAUCCAGCUAAUCUUAAACAGCACAAUAUAGCCCCAAAUGACUCCUGAUGUCAUUAUAAGUAGGCCUAGUGUCUGGCCUCAGUACAGUGUAAUUUCAUUACAUAGUUUUCUUGUGAGAUUUUCUGAACAAAAAUCAUAUUUCAAUUUUGUGAAUAAAGCAAUGAAUUCAUGAA